GCCCGGGGGCCAAUGGCCCUACUGCCCCCGUCGCUGCGGGGCGCCAAGCCCAAGCCCAGCUCGCCCCCGCACUACUACGAGGGCUUCCUGGAGAAGAAGGGGCCCCAGGACAAGGGGUAUAAGAAAUACUGGACAGGCCUGCGGGGGCUCACGCUGUUUUUCUACCACGCCAGCCGAGAUGUGCAGUACGUGGAGAAGAUCGACCUGGACACCUUCGUGUCCCUGACUGACGGCUGCCUCCGGAGUGGCCCCAGGGCCAGCGAUGAUGAGGUGGGGCUCAACCUGAAGCUGAGGGGGCAGGAAGUGAAGUUAAAGGCUGAGAGCCUGGAAGCUCGGGAGAUGUGGAAGGGUUUCAUCCUCACCAUGGUGGAGAUGAAAGUCCCCUCCAGCCUGAUGUUGCUGCCCGGCCACAUCUACAUGAUGUCCGAAGCCCUCUCUAAAGAGCAGGAGCGACGGGCCGAGCUGAGCCAGCGCUGCACCAUGAGCUCCCUUGACUACGAGUCAGUGGAGGAGCAGAUGCCGGCCUGCUAUUUCAAGGUCUCCAGGACAGAGGCCCAGGUCCUGCUGGAGAGGAACCCGGACUGUGGCAACAUGUUGCUGCGCCCGGGGGGCGACGGGAAGAGCAUCUCGGUGACCACGCGUCAGAUGCUGAACGGCACCCCGCUUGUGAAGCACUACAGAGUGAGCCGCGUGGGACAGCAAUACGUCGUCGACGUUGAGCAGCCGCACCACUGCUCCUCGCUGUCCGAGGUGGUACAGUACUUCGUCUCCAACACCAAGAAGACUCUGGUGCCCUUGAUCCUGGACGAGGACUACUCGGAGAAGUUAGAGUUUGUGGAGACCGAUAAGGAGAAUGGCGAGAGCGUCUGGAAAGCGUCCCUGCCCCCCUGCCCAAAGCCCUCCAGAGUGGAUGCAACGAUUCCGCCCAGCUUCAGAAACAGUGCCCUGGUGAAGCCCCCUGCCCCUACCCCUGUGUUUGAGAUGAGGAAGGAGGAUGAAGACCAAGCCUACAUGAAUGACGAAGACGUGGCAGCGAUCACGGGAACAAAGGCAAAGUCAGCCAGCUCCCCAGCGGGCGCCGUGAAGGUGAUGUGGGGAGGGAGCGGCCAGACCAAUUCGCUGCCUAUACCAACCGGCAAGCCAGCCACUAAAGGCCAGUUAACCAGGAGUCCCAACAGCCCCAGCAGCACCCUCAAACAUGGUAGCAGCUCCUCCCACCAGGCCACCUCAUGGGUCGGAGACUUCUCCCCAGACAUCUCUGAGGAGCUGGCGCAGAAGCUACAGAAGCGAAGAGCCAACCUUGAGAACUGAGCCGAGGGCCUGGCGGGUGAGGAGGCGUCUGCUGGGGACACAGGGUUCCAAUCCUCUCGGGGAGCAAAACCUUGGCCCCCAACCUCUCCUGGCUCUUGUGCAGCGUUGAUCACGUACCCAAGGCCCAGCCCUGCUUCUCUGGCCCUUUCCCAGCACCAUGAAACACGGGUUUAUAGGGCUCCCAGCACCCUCUGCCCAACUGCAGCCCCCCCGAGAUAGCCUUAGCUCUGGGUCCUUCGCAGUGAUUUUUCUAGGGGCAAGGCUGCCACCUCGCAUGGGCCCUGGCUGUCCCCCUUCCAUGGCUCAAAGUGGCUGCCCCUUAGCCUGGUAGGGGGUGGUCUGUGGGUGCCACGUGCCUAGAGAAGCAGCAAGGGCCAAAGGGAGGGAAAGAUGCCCCAUGGGCCCUCUCGCCACCAGAGAGGAAGCUAAUCCAGACCCCGGCAGGCUGUGACUGGCCCUGCUGCAGAGCAAGGGGGUCUCUGCGGGUAACGCCCGAGCACCUUUAAUAGCCAUGUGAUUCCCGCAGUCCCAGGAGGGCUGUGGGCGAGGGGCUAAUCCCGCCCCCAGAUCAAGGAGGAAGCGCCAGGGGCUGGGUGCUGCGCUCGGCCUCAUUUGCCUAGGUCAGGCCCUUUGCAUGCUGCGGCUCAGAGUUAAAAGACUUGGGCGGCGGGGGAGACGGGCGACGCCUUCCUAUGCCUAGUUUGCUUAGGGGUGUUUCACAGUGCAGUAAACCAAAGGCAGAGCUGGGGGGCAGGAGUGGCACACCUGUGGCUGGCAUGCCAGGGGGCCUGGAAGCUAGAAUUAUGGGGCAGU